GACUAAAAAUGAGUGAGACUAAAUUUUUAAUGAUGAAGAUUGAGGAAACAUGACGAAGAAAUGGAAUUUCCCAAUAUAUAAGCUCCCUAAAUAUCAUCUGAUUUCUCAUCGAUCUUUACAACUUACGAGAAUGGGGUCGACGUUAGGGUUGGAAGCAGCUCUCACUGCUCACUUGGUGGCCAUACCAUUUCCAGGCAGAGGCCAUAUCAACCCUAUGAUAAACUUCUGCAAGAUGCUAGCAACUAAGCAACCUCAUUUUCUCAUUACCCUGAUUGUUACCGAAGAGUGGCUCGGUUUCUUAAGCUCUGAGACCAAGCCACCGGACAACAUUCAGUUCCAAACUAUCCCCAAUGUCAUUCCUUCUGAGCUGGUUCGUGCUGCGGAUCAUCCUGGCUUCAUCAAAGCUACUUCUACAGAAAUGAAAGCUCCUGUUGAGCUGGUCAUAGAGGGCCUUCAGCCUAAGCCAGUGGUUAUAUUAUACGAUCCUUUUUUAACUUGGGGCUUGAGUAUACAGGGGAAUAUUCCUACAGCCGCGUUUUGGCCAAUGUCAGCUACGGCGUUCUCCAUGGUCUUGCACUACCAUCUUCUCUGUCAAAAUCGCCAUUUGCCUCUACUCAAUUUAUCAGAACAAGGAGAAACUCAGAUAGAUUACAUUCCUGGGGUACCAUCAACACGAAUUCUUGAUCUUCCAACGCCAUUCUAUGGAAAAGGUCAACAAGUCCUGUACAAAUGUCUUGAAGCUGUUUCAUGUGCACAAAAAUCAAACCAUCUUCUGUUUUCUUCGAUCUCUGAUCUUGAAGAACAAGUUAUCAAUUCUCUCAAAAGUCAGCUUUCACUGCCAAUCUACAAUAUUGGUCCUGCCAUACCGUACUUCCAAAUCAAAUCCACUACAUGUAAUAACCAAGGUGUGCCCGGUUAUAUCAAAUGGUUAGACAAUCAAGCAGAAAACUCUGUUUUGUACAUUUCUCAGGGAAGCUUUCUUUCUCUCUCCGAUGAUCAGGUGAAAGAAAUUGUCGCUGGAAUUCAUGAUGCUGGUGUGCAUUAUUUAUGGGUUACACGCAUAGAGGCAUCUAAAAUUAAUGGUGGUAAUUCUGAUAGGGGAAUGGUUGUGCCAUGGUGUGACCAACUGAGGGUCUUAUCUCACCCUUCCGUGGGAGGCUUCUGGACGCAUUGUGGAUGGAAUUCGACUAAAGAAGGUGUCUUUGCUGGUGUGCCAAUGAUAACUUCACCAUUGGCGUGGGAUCAAGUUCCCAAUAGUAAGAUGAUUGUUGACGAUUGGGGGGCUGGUUGGAGAGUGAAGAGAGAAACAGGGGUCGAAACACUGAUGAAAAGGGAUGAAAUUACUAUGCUUGUAGAGAGGUUCAUGGACUUGGAAAGUGUUGAAGGAAAAGAACUAAGGAAAAGAGUGAAACAACUCAAGGAGAACUCUCAAAAAGCUACUGCACAAGGUGGAUCAGCUGAUCAUGCAAUUCAUGCUUUCAUUAGGGACAUAACAAAAUAUUAAAACCACUAGGCAAGUUACUUAUCUAUCGUAACCUUUAUUGUGAAUGUAUCCAAUGAUGAUGUGGGAGAAGACAUGUAAUUUUUAUUCUGAUGAUGUGGGAGUAGACAUGUAGUUUUAAUUUUUAUCA